AUGGCGGGGUCACUUAUCUCUCCCUCACCUUCUGUGGAUCUGAAAGCAGAGAAGCCUGAUGAGAUGGUUAGAAAUGGUGUUCUUUCAAGCCUUCAGAAUUUCCUACGCAAGUGCCUCAUAGCUAUCCUCUCAUAUGGCCCAAUGCCGAAGCACAUUGCAUUUAUUAUGGAUGGUAAUCGUCGAUAUGCUAAAUUCAGAAGCAUGCAACAAGGAGCUGGUCACAGGAUGGGUUUCUCUGCUCUUAUUGCAAGUCUGCUGUACUGCUAUGAAAUGGGUGUGAAGUACAUCACUGUUUAUGCAUUCAGCAUUGACAAUUUUAAAAGGGACCCAAGUGAGGUGGAAACCUUGAUGCAGUUAAUGGAGGAAAAAAUCAAUGAACUAUUAGAGAACCAAAGUGUAAUCAACAAGAUUAACUGUAAGAUCAACUUUUGGGGCAACUUGGACUUGUUAUGUGAGCCGGUGAGGUUGGCGGCUCAGAAGCUGAUGGCGAGCACAGCUGGAAACACAGGGCUGGUCUUUUCUGUCUGCAUGCCAUACAACUCGACUUCUGAGAUUGUCAAUGCUGUCAGUGAAGUCUGUGCAGAAAAGAAGGAACUGUUGCAGAGUGAACAUGCUGGCGACUGUAAUGGCCACGCUGCAAAUAACGGUGUGCAUUCAGAGAUUUCAGUGGCGGAUUUGGAUCGCCACAUGUGGGGCCCACCGAUCGCAACCACUGCCCCCGACGCCGGGCGACUCGUCGCCAGCCUCCCUCCGUCCUCCCCGAUCACCGUGCUCAGGCGCACCUCCCUGAUCCGAAAGAGGACAAAGAAGACAGCAACAAAACUUGAAAGGCCAAAGAAGGCAAAGAAGGACCAAGCAGAUGAGGGCUCAAGUGUUCAGUGUUCACCAAGGACAAGACUGGCAGCAGCCAGAGAAGCAGCUGACAGAGCAGCCAAAGCAGCUCAGCUAGCUGCAGAUAAGGCAGCAGUAGCAUCUGCAGCAGCUGAAGCAGCAGCAGCCAAAGAAGCACCCCUGGAGACUGUAUACCAAGCACCUAGAAGCCCCAACACACCUACACCCCUAGAGACUGUAUACCAAGCACUUGGAAGCCCCCACACACCUACAAGGAACAAUUGCCUGGAAUUGGUAGUUGUGAACGUUGUGAACCCGCUAGGAGAUGAAGCAACUGGCAAAAGAAAGAUGACACCUAGGAGGAAGCAACUAGCUACCAAGAUCAAGAAGACUCCAACAAAAAACACUCCAGCAAAGAAGUCUCUAGCAAAGAAGACUGCAGGAACCAAGGGGAAGAUGAAAUGA